UCGGUGAAUGACUGAGGCUGAAGGAGAGAGAGAGAGAGGUUCAACCCGGUGGGAUCGGCUGGUCUGCGCGUAAAGCAGGUGUCUGUCUUCUCUGACGUUUCAAAAUGGAGUCCUCUCACCUCCUGGGCAGCUCGAAGAAGAGAGUAAAGAUCCACCCUCACACUGUCACAGCCAAAUACGCCACGCACGCCCCGUACUCCCCUCAGCCGGGGGUGCACACGCACUUCCCUCAGCCCGGGGACGAAGGCUACGACGAUGCCCCGUCUUUUGAGGACUUUGGCUCUUUCCUGGAGGAGACGUCAGACAGGAAACAGCUGACGGAGAGCAAGAAGUGGCCCCUGACUCUGUUUGGCUCCAAAGACAAGGAUACGGCCCACAAACCUCCAGCUGCCGCGGGGGCGGAUGGCAGCGAGGUGGCGGCCAAAGCAGCAAAGGGUUCUGGGAGAGGGGUAGGGGAACAGCUGGCCAGUUUUGGGGAAGCAUCUGUGUCGGCCUCUCGCCUCACCUGGGUGGGGCUGCUCUGCGCCGCGCUGGCUCACGGCUGUUUGAUCGUUCUGACCCGCCUGGCCUCCGAACGCUUCAGCCUCGGCCCCCUGUUUCUGCUCUUAGUUCGAUCCAUCUUCCAGCUCCUCUCUGUGGCUGUACCACUGCACAGGGGGGAGAACCCCUUCGGACCAGAGGGCUACCGCCUUCGGCUGUUCUGUUACGGCAUCGCCUACUCCCUCUCCCUCUGCUGCGCCUACUCAUCGUUGACCUUUGUCUCUCCCGGAAAUGCCACGGCGACCUGGCGCCUGGCGACCACGGCGCUGUCGGCGACGCUGGCCUUCCUGCUCCUGGAGGAGAGGCUGGGAUUGCCUGAUGGGAUCACCAUAGCUGCAGGGCUGUGUGGUUUGGGCCUCGUGUUGCUUCCCACAGUAGAUGAGAGCAACUCAAAUGCACCGACCGACCCGGUGGUGUUCUGGAGAGGUGCUUUCGGCUGGUCGCUCUCUGCGCUCGCAGGACUGUGGAUGGCGCUGGCGUUGGUCGGGUACCGGUCCCUGAAGGAGAGGGUGGGAGUGGGCACAGCCUUGUUCACAGUAAGCUGGACGGGCUGCCUGCUCGCCCCAGCCUCCCUGGUCGUGCUCCAGGAGGGCUGGUCCUGGCCCGUGAGUGCCCCAGCUUGGGGCCUGGUCCUGGGCCUGGUAGCCUGCUCGGUGGGAGCCUUCCUGGGGAUGACGCACGCCCUCGCACGCCUCCAUCCGGCGCUGGUGUCCGCCUCUCAGAGCCUGGAGGUACCCGUGGCUAUGCUGCUGCAUCUGGCCGUGCUGCCGUUGGCUCCCACUGCGCCGGAGGUCGUCGGGAGCGUGAUGAUCAUACUCAGCGUUGUUUGGCUGGUGGUGAUGAAGCUGCUCCCCUCCCGGGGGGGCGGGCGGCGCCAGCGGGAGGAAUAUGAAGAGAUUCUGGACUCGCCCAUCAAAUAAACACCUUCUCUCUUCUCUUCACACGUCCACGUUCUCUUCUGCUCACUCCCUCCAUCACCAGAUUCCAUUGUACAUAAGAGACUGCUAAACUCAUGAUCGGAGCUUUAUCUAUUUUGUAUCGUCCUCUUUUGCUUUUAGGGAAAGUGCCAAUAUUGUGUUGUCUGUUAUAGUGACGAUGUGAUGUGACAUUAAA